AAUUUGUGAUAGAGCUACAAGCAGUGAACCUACUUGCCCUUCAAGCUGAGGUGCAGGGGGCUAGACAGGACUUCAGUGGCUGCUCGGCAGGCUGGUCCAGUGACACCCAGAGCUGGUCAAUCUGCGAUCUCUGAGCGAGGAUAGCUCCUCCUCCUCUGGGCUUGAGCUUGAGGCCAGCCUUGCCAAAGGGAGCAUUGUUGUGAUAAGACUCCAUGGAGUUUGUGACAGCGCUAGUACAGCUCCAGGAGGAGUCUAGCUGCCCCAUCUGCCUGGACUACUUGAAAGACCCAGUAACGAUCAACUGUGGGCACAACUUCUGUCGCUCAUGCAUCAGCAGGACUUGGAAGGGCCUGGGUGCUCCCGCCCACUGUCCUGUCUGCCGUCUUUGCUUUCGAGGCAGGAACAUCAGGAGCAACUCCCAGCUCAGCCAUUUGACUGAAAUUGCUAAGCUGCUGCAGAUCAGAAGGAGCAAGAGGAAGAGGCAGGAAGAGAGUUCCAUGUGUGAGAAGCACAACCAGCUUCUGACUCUUUUUUGUGGGAAGGACCUAGAGGUUUUAUGUACACGGUGCAGUUUCUCCAUUCAGCACCAGAAACACUACAUUUGCCCCAUUAAGAAAGCUGCCUCUCAUCACAGGAAAAUUCUGGAAUGUACCAUUAAGCCCUUGAAGGAUAAUAUGGAACAAGUUGAAAAAGUGCUAACUCUGCAAGCCAGCAAAUCAGUUGAACUGAGAAAGCAGGUGAAAUACAGGAGAGAAGAAAUACAUUCUGAAUUUGAGCAACUUAGACUAUUUCUACAAAAUCAGCAAGAGGAUAUUCUUCGGCAGAUGGAAGAUGAAGAGAUGGAGAUUUUAGCAAAACUAAAUGAAAACUUUGUAACAUUUACAGAUCAUGUUUCCUCAUUGAAACAUCUGCUGAGGGAGGUAGAGGGUAAGUGUGUGCAGUCAGACCUGGAAGUACUGAGGCAGGCUAAGAGUAUCCACCACAGGUAUCAAAACCUAACCCCUCCUGAACACUUUUCAUUCCAACUAAAGAAAUAUGGGUUUAGCCUUCCUCCACAGUAUUCUGGCUUUGACAGAAUUAUCAAGCCAUUUCAAGUAGAUGUGAUUCUAGACCUUGAAACAGCACAUCCGCAGCUUAUUGUCUCUGAGGAUAGAAAAAUUGUGCGAUAUGAGAAGAGAAAACAAAGCCCUUGUUAUAACCCAAGGAGAUUUUAUCUCUGCCCUGCUGUCCUGGGUUGUAACAGAUUCCAUUCUGGUAGGCAUUACUGGGAGGUAGAAGUGGGAAACAAGCCUAAAUGGACAUUGGGGGUGUGUCAAGACUGGUUUCCUAGGAGCUGGCGGAGUCAGCCGGUGGUUGAGGGGGGAUUCUGGGCAAUUGGGCGGUGUGCUGAGAGUAUUUAUGUUGUGUCGGGUCCUAAGAGAAACCGUCUCCUGCCCAUGGUAGGACCCAGUAAGAUUGGCAUUUUUCUGGACUAUGACUUGGGUGAGGUUUCCUUUUACAAUCUGAGUGACAGAUCUCUUCUCUAUAGUUUCAGUGAUUCAUUUACAGAAGCCAUUUGCCCCUACUUCUAUACUGGAAUCGAUUCGGAACCUCUUAAAAUAUCUUCAGUAACAGAUGAUGAAAGUUGAAGUACCUGGGAAACAGUACAGCGUCAGUGUUUAGCGGCAACUUAGGGAAUUUAGCUUCAGUAAUCCUGGGACUGUUUUUAAGGAUUGCUGCUGAAAACCAGAAUAGAUUUGUAGUCUGCGUUUUCAGUAACAAUAAAAACAUGGUAGUAAUGCCAAUUUCAUAGGUAUUAUAGGUAUCAGUUUUCAAGUUCUGUGGAUUUCUAAGAUGAAGUAGUUGAGAAUUAUAUUACUUGACACAUCCAAUAAAUGAUUUGCUGUUGAAAUUGCCCGUAAAUCGUUUUUUAGUUACAGUUAUUUCUUUACUAUGAUAUAAAUUUUGUCAACAGUCCUCCUUACCAUAUACCUACCUUUCUUUUUAGUGGAUUUUUCUGUUU